CCCGCGGUAGCCGUGUGUCCUCGAGCCGCUGGUCCGCGCGCUGCCUGGCAGUUUGCCUCUUCCUCGUCCGUCCUCCAGCUUGCGUCCAUGGCCACCGCCGCGACCGAGGAGCCCUUCCCUUUCCACGGUCUUCUACCAAAGAAAGAGACCGGGGCCUCCUCCUUCCUGUGCCGCUACCCGGAGUAUGACGGGCGCGGGGUGCUCAUCGCCGUCCUGGACACAGGGGUCGAUCCCGGGGCCCCGGGCAUGCAGGUUACAACUGAUGGGAAACCAAAAAUCAUUGAUAUCAUUGAUACAACAGGAAGUGGUGAUGUGAAUACUGCUACAGAAGUAGAACCAAAAGAUGGUGAAAUUAUUGGUCUUUCUGGAAGAGUGCUUAAGAUUCCUGCAGACUGGACAAAUCCUUCAGGAAAAUAUCAUAUUGGCAUUAAAAAUGGUUAUGACUUCUACCCAAAGGCUCUCAAGGAAAGGAUACAGAAAGAACGGAAGGAAAAAAUCUGGGAUCCAAUUCACAGAGUUGCACUUGCAGAAGCUUGUAGAAAACAAGAAGAAUUUGAUAUUGCCAACAAUGGCUCUUCCCAAGCCAAUAAACUAAUCAAGGAAGAGUUGCAAAGUCAAGUGGAAUUACUCAAUUCUUUUGAGAAAAAGUAUAGUGAUCCAGGUCCUGUGUAUGACUGCUUGGUGUGGCAUGACGGUGAGACUUGGAGAGCCUGUAUUGAUUCGAAUGAAAGUGGGGACUUGAGUAAAUCUACUGUAUUGAGAAACUACAAAGAGGCCCAAGAAUACAGUUCUUUUGGCACAGCCGAGAUGCUGAAUUACUCUGUUAAUAUUUAUGAUGAUGGAAACCUGCUCUCCAUUGUGACCAGUGGAGGAGCUCAUGGAACCCAUGUAGCGAGUAUAGCUGCUGGGCAUUUUCCAGAAGAGCCUGAACGGAAUGGAGUUGCUCCUGGUGCUCAAAUUCUAUCCAUUAAGAUUGGUGAUACAAGGCUAAGUACCAUGGAAACAGGCACAGGCCUCAUCAGAGCUAUGAUAGAAGUUAUAAAUCAUAAGUGUGAUCUUGUCAACUACAGUUAUGGAGAAGCAACUCAUUGGCCAAAUUCUGGGAGAAUUUGUGAAGUAAUUAAUGAAGCAGUAUGGAAACAUAAUACAAUUUAUGUUUCAAGUGCAGGAAAUAAUGGUCCAUGCCUUUCUACAGUGGGUUGUCCAGGAGGAACUACAUCCAGUGUAAUAGGUGUUGGAGCUUAUGUUUCUCCUGAUAUGAUGGUUGCAGAGUAUUCACUGAGAGAGAAACUACCUGCAAAUCAAUAUACAUGGUCUUCUAGAGGCCCAAGUGCUGAUGGGGCCCUUGGUGUGAGUAUCAGUGCACCAGGAGGUGCUAUUGCUUCUGUGCCUAACUGGACAUUGAGGGGGACUCAGCUGAUGAAUGGAACAUCAAUGUCUUCCCCCAAUGCUUGUGGUGGCAUUGCCCUGGUACUUUCAGGGCUGAAAGCAAAUAAUGUUGACUAUACUGUUUACUCAGUCAGAAGAGCUCUAGAAAAUACUGCAGUAAAAGCUGACAAUAUAGAAGUAUUUGCCCAAGGACAUGGAAUUAUUCAGGUUGACAAAGCUUAUGACUACCUCAUUCAGAAUACAUCAUUUGCUAACAGAUUAGGUUUUACAGUUACAGUUGGAAAUAACCGUGGCAUCUACCUCCGAGAUCCUGUUCAGGUGGCUGCUCCUUCAGAUCAUGGUGUUGGCAUUGAGCCUGUGUUUCCAGAGAACACAGAAAACUCUGAAAAAAUAUCCUUUCAGCUUCAUUUAGCUUUAACUUCGAAUUCAUCUUGGGUUCAGUGUCCCAGCCAUUUGGAACUCAUGAAUCAAUGUCGGCACAUAAACAUACGUGUGGACCCCAGGGGCUUAAGAGAAGGGUUACAUUAUACAGAGGUAUGUGGCUAUGAUAUAGCAUCCCCCAAUGCAGGUCCUCUAUUCAGAGUUCCAAUCACUGCAGUUAUAGCAGCAAAAGUAAAUGAGUCAUCACAUUAUGAUCUAGCCUUUACAGAUGUACAUUUUAAACCUGGUCAGAUUCGAAGACAUUUUGUUGAGGUUCCUGAGGGGGCAACCUGGGCUGAAGUUACUGUGUGUUCAUGUUCUUCUGAGGUAUCAGCAAAAUUUGUUCUUCAUGCAGUACAGCUUGUGAAGCAAAGAGCGUAUCGAAGUCAUGAAUUUUAUAAGUUUUGUUCCCUUCCAGAAAAGGGAACACUGAUUGAAGCCUUUCCUGUUCUGGGUGGGAAAGCAAUUGAAUUUUGUAUUGCUCGUUGGUGGGCAAGUCUCAGUGAUGUCAAUAUUGAUUAUACCAUAUCAUUCCACGGGAUAGUGUGUACUGCACCACAGUUAAACAUUCAUGCAUCUGAAGGAAUCAAUCGUUUUGAUGUUCAGUCCUCUUUAAAGUAUGAAGAUCUGGCUCCUUGCAUAACUUUGAAGAGCUGGGUGCAAACACUACGCCCAGUAAAUGCAAAAACCAGACCUUUAGGAUCAAGGGAUGUUUUGCCAAAUAAUCGCCAGCUUUAUGAAAUGGUCCUGACUUACAGCUUUCAUCAGCCCAAGAGCGGAGAAGUAACACCUAGUUGUCCACUCCUUUGUGAAUUGUUAUAUGAGUCAGAAUUUGACAGUCAGUUGUGGAUUAUUUUUGACCAGAACAAAAGACAGAUGGGCUCAGGUGAUGCCUAUCCACAUCAGUAUUCUUUGAAACUGGAGAAAGGAGAUUAUACAAUUCGAUUACAGAUUCGUCACGAGCAAAUCAGUGAUUUGGAUCGUCUCAAAGAUCUUCCGUUUAUUGUUUCACAUAGGUUGUCUAAUACCUUGAGCUUAGAUAUUCAUGAAAAUCAUAGCCUUGCACUUCUAGGAAAGAAGAAAUCAAGCAGUUUAACAUUACCACCCAAAUAUAAUCAGCCAUUCUUUGUUACUUCCUUACCUGAUGAUAAAAUACCUAAGGGGGCAGGACCCGGAUGCUACCUUGCAGGCUCCUUGACAUUGUCAAAGACUGAGCUUGGAAAGAAAGCUGGGCAGUCUGCAGCAAAACGACAAGGAAAAUUUAAAAAGGAUGUGAUCCCUGUUCAUUACUAUCUCAUACCUCCACCAACAAAGACUAAGAAUGGCAGCAAAGAUAAAGAAAAGGAUUCAGAAAAAGAGAAAGAUUUGAAAGAAGAGUUUACUGAAGCAUUACGAGAUCUUAAAAUUCAGUGGAUGACCAAGCUGGAUUCUACUGACAUUUACAAUGAAUUGAAAGAAACAUAUCCUGCUUACCUUCCUCUGUAUGUUGCACGUCUUCAUCAAUUGGAUGCUGAAAAGGAACGAAUGAAAAGACUUAAUGAAAUCGUUGAUGCUGCCAAUGCUGUCAUUUCUCACAUCGAUCAAACCGCUCUUGCAGUUUACAUUGCAAUGAAGACUGACCCCAGGCCUGAUGCAGCUACUAUAAAAAAGUACCUAACCA